UCCUUUAGGGGCUGUUUGUGGUGUUCAUAAUCGCAAUAUUCGAUUCCGAUUCCGAGCGCCGCGCCGCCGAGUGAUUCGAACAUGGAGAAGGAGAAGGACAACGCCGCCGUCGCACCGCCGACGGGAUGCUACAAGUGCGGGAAGCCGGGCCAUUGGUCUCGAGAUUGUCCCUCCUCCGCUCCUAAUCCCGAUUCCACUUUCAAUUCUUCCAGACCUUCUUCCUCUUCUGGCGCUGCUGCUGCUGCGCCUUCGAAAGUUGCAGAGAAGCCCAAGAAGGCGCCCAGAACCAGGCCCAAGCUCACUCCCGAGCUACUUCUCUCUGAGGAUGGCCUCGGUUACGUUCUUCGCCAUUUUCCUCGCGCUUUCAAAUAUCGCGGCCGUGGACACGAGGUCAGUGAUUUGGAAAACUUUAUUGGCUUAUACAGGGAAUGGCAUUCUCAUAUACUCCCUUACUACUCCUUCGAACAUUUUGUACAUAAGGUGGAACAAGUAGCUGCUACGAAACGUGUUAAGAUGAGUCUUGGAGAACUAAGAGAGAGAGUUGCCAGGGGAGGGGAUCCUACAAAGUGGCGCGAGUCACCCACUGUAAAUGAAGACGUCAAUAAUGAAACAGAAGCCAAAGACUCGGAGGACUUAUUUGAUAAUCCGGAAGAGGCUUCUUUGAGGAAUAAUGGUACUGAUGACAUGGAAGAAGACAUGCUUCAGGAAAUUUACGAGAAAGCUACUGAAGAGCCUCUGCAGAACUUACAAAGUGAUUCCCACACCAUUGGGGAAACUAUGGAAGGUGUGAGCAACCAAGAGCCAAAUAGAAGCAAUUCAAGUGAAACUCAGAUCACAGAGGAACAGAGAGUUCGAAUGGAAGCAAACAGGUUGAAGGCAUUAGAAAGGGCUGCAAGCAAGGCCCGCUCCUUGCAGACUGCCUGAUUCCUGUGAUUGCCUGCCUUUUUGAUUGAUGGCAAGGUUAUAAUUACACUCAAAAGCUGUGGUCUUUGGCCAGUGAAGGCCCCAGACUUUUCUAAGUCUACUCGUUUUUAAAAGUUAUUGUUAAUCAACAGGGGUCUCAUUGUAAAUUAAUCAUUUUUAGAUUAAAUACUUUCACUUUUGCUUUUGGUUCA